AUGACAGAAAAAGCAGUCGGUAUCGACUUGGGUACAACCUAUUCUUGUGUGGGUGUAUGGCAGAACGACCGUGUAGAAAUUAUUGCAAAUGACCAGGGUAACCGCACAACACCUUCAUAUGUUGCCUUUACUGACUCAGAGCGUCUUAUCGGGGACGCAGCAAAAAAUCAAGUUGCCAUGAAUCCAUUCAACACUGUCUUUGACGCUAAGCGUCUUAUUGGACGUCGCUUUGCCGACCCAGAAGUACAGUCUGACAUGAAACACUGGCCGUUCAAAGUUGUGGACAAGGACAAAAAACCAUAUAUCGAAGUCGAGCACAAAGGCGAGAAGAAGCAGUUUACACCAGAAGAAAUUUCGGCUAUGGUUCUCACCAAGAUGAAGGAAACGGCUGAACAAUUCCUCGGAACCAAAGUUCAAAAUGCUGUUAUCACAGUACCUGCUUACUUCAAUGAUUCCCAACGUCAAGCCACAAAAGAUGCCGGAGUAAUUUCUGGUUUAAAUGUCCUCCGUAUCAUUAACGAACCGACAGCAGCAGCUAUCGCUUACGGUCUCGAUAAGAAAUCCGGUGGUGAACGCAACGUGUUGAUUUACGAUCUUGGUGGUGGUACAUUCGAUGUAUCGCUAUUGACGAUUGAAGACGGUAUCUUCGAAGUGAAGGCUACGGCUGGUGAUACCCAUCUUGGUGGUGAAGAUUUCGAUAAUCGUGUAGUCAAUCACUUUGUUCAGGAAUUCAAGCGAAAAUUCAAGAAAGAUUUAUCUAUCAAUGCACGCGCAUUGCGUCGUCUACGUACUGCCUGUGAACGUGCCAAGCGUACAUUAUCAUCGACAGCUCAGACAUCAAUCGAGAUUGACUCACUCUUCGAAGGCAUCGACUUCUAUACCACUCUCACACGUGCUCGUUUUGAAGAAUUAAAUCAAGAUCUCUUCAGAUCUACCAUGGAUCCUGUCGAGAAAGUUCUUCGCGAUUCCAAGAUUGAUAAAUCAUCAGUCCACGAAAUCGUAUUGGUCGGAGGGUCUACCCGUAUUCCCAAAAUCCAGAGGAUGGUCUCGGAAUUCUUUAACGGCAAAGAACCCAACAAAUCGAUCAACCCCGACGAAGCCGUCGCGUAUGGUGCUGCCGUCCAAGCUGCUAUCCUUUCCGGCGACACGUCUGAAAAGACGCAAGACUUGCUACUUCUCGAUAUCACUCCUCUCUCGCUUGGUAUUGAAACUGCUGGUGGUGUCAUGACUCCGUUGAUCAAGCGUAAUACGACCAUUCCAACUAAGAAGAGUGAGAUAUUUUCGACCUAUUCUGAUAACCAGCCUGGUGUAUUGAUUCAGGUGUAUGAAGGAGAGCGUGCUAGGACAAAGGACAACAAUUUGCUUGGUAAAUUCGAGUUGACGGGUAUUCCGCCAGCACCUCGUGGUGUGCCACAAAUUGAAGUCACAUUCGAUAUUGACGCAAAUGGUAUUCUAAACGUAACGGCUAUGGACAAGACCACCGGUCGAUCAAACAAGAUCACCAUCACCAACGACAAAGGACGUUUAUCAAAGGAUGAAAUCGAGCGUAUGGUUGCCGAGGCUGAGAGAUACAAAGCAGAAGAUGAAAAGGUUGCCCAGAAAAUACAAGCACGGAACGCUUUGGAGAGCUAUUCUUAUAAUCUCCGAAACACACUUACGGAUGAGAAAGUUGCAGGAAAAUUGGAGGCAGGUGACAAGAAGAAACUUGAAGAUGCUAUUCAAGAAACAAUCACUUGGCUAGACAAUAACCAAGAGGCAGAGAAGGAUGAAUACGAGCAUAAACAGAAGACGCUCGAGGAAGUUGCUAAUCCUAUUAUGAUGAAACUCUACGGCGCUGCUGGCGGUGCUGGUCCUGCAGGAGCUCCUCCGGGCGGCUUCCCAGGAGGCCCAGCCCCAGGAGGAUCAGCUGGCGGUGACGAGUCUGGCCCGACAAUCGAAGAAGUCGACUAA